AUGAUCAAAUUCACUCCAUUCAUUGUGUUAUGGUUUGUCUUUUUGGCAGAUAGGAUUGGUCUUAGUCUUCACGCAGGAGCAUAUUCAAAUGUUAGCUGUUUUGAGAGCGAGCGAAAAGCUCUCAUCGAGUUUAAGAAAGGUCUAAUUGAUAAAUCAAAUCGUUUGGCUUCCUGGACCGGAGAAGAUUGUUGCUCAUGGGAAGGAGUUGGAUGCAGCAGGAACACUCGGCACGUGAUAAAACUUGAUCUGCAUAAUAAUAUUGUUUUUGAUUUUGAUCGAUUGAUCUAUGGGGACAAGCAGAAUUAUGUCUCUAUCUAUGGUGAAACGUGCUUGGGAGGCCAGAUAAGUCCUUCGUUAGUGAACCUGCAGCAUCUGCAUUACUUGGAUUUAAGCUCGAAUUAUUUUGCAGGAAUUCAAAUCCCAGAAUUUAUAGGAUCCUUGAAAAACUUGAGAUAUCUCAACCUUUCUAGUGCAGGUUUCAAUGGGGCAAUUCCUCCCCAGUUAGGAAAUCUCUCAGCCUUAGAAUAUCUGGAUCUUGGUGAAAAAUCCGAAGGUUUUAGUGCUUCGAUAAGUCUUCAUUCUUUGUCGACAAAGAGUCUCCGGUGGAUCGCUCGUCUUUCUUCCUUGAAACAUUUGGACCUCACUAGCGUGGACCUAGGAGAGGCUCGAGACUGGUUACAAGCACUUAACAAGCUUCAUUUCUUAACCUCAUUAACAUUACAAUCCUGUCGUAUUUAUUCCUUUCCUCAUAUUGGACACCCUAAUUUCACAUCUCUUACCUCACUUGAUCUCGAAAGCAAUGACUUUAACUCCACAAUCCCUCUCUGGUUGUUUAAUUUGACUUCACUCGUUCAUCUCGAUCUCAGUUCCAAUAGUUUUUUUGGUCCAAUAGUUCCUAAUAACCUUCAGCACUGGACUUCACUAAGCUACCUCGAUCUCAGCAGCAAUCAAUUCAAUACUUCACUGCCCGAUCCACUUUUCACUUUGAACAAUCUCGUCCAUUUGGACAUCAGUUAUAACCAAAUCCAAGGCUCACUCCCCUUCGGCCUAGGCAACCUAACUUCUCUUUUAGUACUGCAUAUGGCAGCUAACAAAUUUGAAGGCAAAAUCCCAAGUGCGAUUGGGCAACUUCGAGAACUCACCGAACUCCAUCUCAGUUAUAAUGGGUUCAAUGGUAGCAUUCCAUCCUCUCUUUGGAGGCUGAGUGAGUUGAAAUCCUUGUGUCUAUCUGGCAAUCCAUUGAACGGAGAGCUGCGUGACAUUCACUUUGCCAAACUCGCACAACUGAAACAAUUACGCUUAUCCUCCUUACCUGUACUUGCUCUGAAUAUGAGUUCCUCGUGGGUCCCACCAUUCCAGCUUCAAGAUAUAGAGAUGCGUUCCAUGAAGAUAGGGCCCAAAUUUCCUCUCUGGCUUCAAACUCAGAAAAAGGUCGAAUAUCUAGACAUGUCAAAUGCAAGCAUCUCAGAUACUAUCCCAGAUUGGUUUGAGAGAGUGUGUCAUGGUAUAAAAUCUGUGUAUUUCGCCAACAAUUACAUCACAGGGAAACCACCUGUGUGCAAAGGAAACAGUGGUCUUAAAUAUCACGCACAAUUUUUUUUGGAGUCCAACCAAUUUGAGGGGCCUUUGCAAUUGUUACCAACAAACAUUUAUCGAUUGCAUCUCCAAAAUAACUCACUGCAAGGGAUUAUUCCACAGCCCGACAUUAAAAAUAACGUGACAUUGGAUAUUCUUCGAGUACUAGAUCUCAGUGAUAACCACUUCAGUGGCAGCAUCCCUGAUUCUUUGUGCAGCUUACAAAUGCUUGUUGUCCUGGAUCUUUCUAACAACCAGCUCUCCAGAAGGAUCCCCUCAUGCAUUGGGAUUGUCCCAUUCGCGCUCAGACAUCUGAAAAAAUUGCAAUAUCUUAAUCUUGGAAAUAAUGGACUGGAGGGCAUUAUACCAGCAUGGAUUGGGGAUGAACUAUCUAGUUUGAGGUUCCUUGUGCUUGAAUCUAAUAAUUUCCAUGGUGACAUUUCCAUCAGCCUCUACAAAUUAUCAUCCCUUCAGGUUUUAAAUUUGAAAGACAACUACUUAACUGGACAUAUACCUCGCUGUUUUAACAACUUUACAGCAAUGACAUUGAUAGAAUUGGACCCUACAGGUACUGUCUAUAUUGAAGAACUUUCAGUUUUCAUCAAAGGUGGAAUGUUGAAGUACACCUCAAGGAAUGUGGCAUAUGUUAGAUUCAUGGGGCUUUCAGGAAACAAACUAAGUGGGGAAAUACCUGCCAAGUUAAUGUCUCUUGUUGGAUUGCAGGGUUUGGAUUUAUCUAGGAACCAUCUAAGUGGACGAAUCCCAGAAAACAUUGGGAAGUUGAACCAACUUGAGUCUCUAGAUUUAUCCAAAAAUGACCUUUUUGGUCCAAUUCCCCAAAGUUUGUCGAACUUGGAUUCUAUGGGCUGGCUGAACUUGUCGUUCAACAAGCUAACCGGUCGAAUUCCAUCCGGACGUCAUCUACAGACAUUUGACGACCCAACCAUUUACAUGGGAAAUAGUGGACUUUGUGGUGAACCCCUAGACAAAAGCUGCCCUGAUGAAUCUGAUGGUAAAUCAAAUGCCGGAGAGUCUGAUGGUGAUCAUGAAGAUGGCAAGGAGUCUUAUUUUUAUUGGUUUUAUGCUGGUUUGGGACCUGGUUUUGCUGUUGGACUCAUUGGAUUCUUCAGUGUCCUAUGUUUCAAGAAGUCAUGGCGCUAUGCAUACUUCGGAUUUCUGGAGAACUUGUUGAAUAAAGUAUCAGUAGAAAUUGAAUUGCUAAAAAGGAAGUUUGAUUGA